AUGUGUCGGUUCGUGAUAUACAAGGGAACCUCACCCGUGCAGCUCUCCCAUCUUCUAACGCGACCUUGUCACUCAAUCAUCAACCAAGCUUUCGAUUCAAGGUUACGUUUAGAUAAUAGAAGACCUAUUAAUGGAGACGGCUUUGGCGUUGGGUGGUAUGACUCGACUUACGACGAAGAGCUGGGCAGUCAGCCAUGCAUCUUCACGUCUGUCACACCUGCGUGGAAUAAUGUAAAUCUGGUCCGGUUGGCAGAGAAGAUCAAGUCUCCUCUGGUCUUUGCACACGUCCGUGCUACGACAGCUGGGUCUCUGAGCCUAGACAAUUGCCACCCAUGGUCGUUCGGGAAACUCAUGUUUAUGCACAACGGCGGCAUUGCUGAAUUCCCGAGGAUCAAGAGGAAGCUCCAAACUAGCGUUUCAGACGAGUUGUUCAACAUGGUCACUGGGAACACGGACUCCCAAUGGGCGUUUGCUCUUUUCUUGUCAAAGCUGCCCGAUCCACACGCGACGUCCUUUACUCCAGAGACGUUACGAUGUGCUAUGUUUGAGACUAUCAGUCACAUUAAUGUCUUGACAGAGGAGGCUGGCAUUACCGAGCCGAGCUUGUUGAAUUUUUGUGUAACCGAUGGAGAGAGUGUAAUAGCGACACGCUAUAUAUCCUCACGCCGCGAGGAAGCCGCUUCCCUGUGGUUUUCAUCUGGAACCACCUUCAGUGAAUAUGCCGAAGGUGGUCACUACAGAAUGUCAAAGACGGACAAGCGGGAGAACAUUAUCAUGGUCGCUAGUGAACCGCUCACGUUCGAGAAAGCGGAUUGGAUGGAAAUCAGGACGAACCACAUGGUGGUAAUCACACCUAAGAUGAAUAUCCUCCAGUUCCCCAUUGUCGACAAGUACUACGUACCACCGUCGGACCCUGCUGCAGGUAGCCGAGGGACUGAGUUUGCCGCUGCUAAGGGCUUGCUCAGUCCUCGACGAGAACACAUCCACAGGUCUUUGGAGGCUACAGAGAGCAGUUUUCCCGUCCUUGUCAUUUAG